GGAUUUGGCAGGAUGAAGAGUGUAUGGCCGAUCAUGGCUAUGUUUGUAAAAAGUUGAAUGAUACCUCCUUGACUGAGUCUCAGGCUAUCUCUCCUGUCUACAACGGCACAUGUCCCAUGGGCUUUGUCAGUGCAGUAAACAACAAGUGUUACUACAUUGGUGGCCAAGGAAACCUGACCUCAGAUGACCCUAAGAGGAACUGGGAAGAUGCCAGAAACUACUGUAGGAACUUGACCUCACCGACCUUAGUGGACAUCGGCAGUCUUCAUAGUCUUGCUGAUCAGGAUUUUGUAACCAGCCUCAUGUACGAUCUGAGCAGUGACCUGUGGAUUGGGCUGAGUGACCGACUGGUGGCCAACCAGUACCGAUGGCAGGACAACCGCGAGGUGACCUACACCAACUGGGCAAGCGGGCAGCCAGUCAGACAUUUUCCCUGGAGUCUAAAUAAGGACAACUGUGUAGAGAUGCUGCGGAACCCACACAGACCAGAUGAUACGUCAAAGUGGAAUGAUGCCCCUUGCAGCAAGAAGAGCGCCUUUCUGUGUCAGACAUUACAAUUGUUGCCACCAUCGACUACUUCUAGUGCCAAUUCUAGCUCAGUGUGUCCUGCCAACUUUUUCUUAUACAAGUCAACUUGUUACUCUGUCGAAACUGACAUGAAGACUUGGCCAGAUGCCAGGAAUUCUUGUCAGGCUUUGAAUGGAGAUUUGGCUUCCACAUCUGACAUAUUUGAGGUUGCCAGAUUGCAUUUGGCUGUUCUAAAUAGCAAUGUUAUUGGGCAAGCUUGGAUUGGCAUGAAGUUUGAUCAGGCAUCUUCAGAAUAUGUAUUCAGUGAUGGCUGGCCAGUUAAGCAAACAUUUUGGUCAGCUGGUAACCCUGACCUUCAGACAAAUGAUAGUUGUGUGGCACUUUCCCUGGCCACUUGGAAUGACACAUUGUGUAGUGAGUUUCUCCCGUACAUCUGUGAAAUCAAGUCAGAAGUACCACCAGCUCCAACACCUGCUCCUGAUGGGGACUGCACUGACGCUAGCCAGGUAGUCUUUGGUGAUUACUGCUAUGUAGCCAAAGUAAAUGAUUUUGUAUCAUGGCCAGAGGCGAGUUACAAAUGUGAGAACCACUUUUUAAAGAGUUACCUGGAGCAUGUGGCAGUUCCAGACAGUUCAGGGUUAAUGCCACGUGGUGUUUGGCUAGGACUACAGAAAGAUCCGCAAGGAGGUUACAGAUGGUCUGACCAAUCGCAGGUCACUUACUUCAACUGGGGAGAAGGUGAACCUUCCACACAGAACAACAGAUGGAUAGACGAGGAAUGUGUAGCCCUGUACAGAGACUCUGGCCAAUGGAAUGACCUGCCCUGCAUUAGCCAGAAGUUAGGUUUUGUUUGCAAAACCAGCAAACUUUUUCCAAGUACCUCAUCAAUUGUCACAGAGCCUGCACAAGCAUCAGUUGUCACUUCUGGAGAAAUUGUCACAACUGCU